CACACACACACACACACACACACACAGGCUGGUCAAUGACUUCAUCUCUGCCCGUCUGUCCGUCAGUCAGUCAUCUCUUUGUUGAUCAUCAUCACAGCGUCCGCGGCAGAACCAGAAUUUUGACGGCGCAGUUUUUGUUGAUUUCACAACAGAAGGAUUACAUUUGAACUUUUUAAAGGAGUUAUUGUUUGAAGGUAAUGGAGCAGAACAAGAGGGAGUGUGUGUCCUAAACUGCUGCUGCUGCUGCUCUCGCUCUCGUGUGCCAAAAUGGACGUGCACCGGCUCCAAGUGCUGCGUUACUGCCUCCCCCAGAGUGUUAGUGACUCGGGAUUGUUUUACAGCCACAUCGCUGCCAGUGAACAGAGUAUCUGCCAGGCGCGGGCCUCUGUGAUGGUCUACGAUGACGCCAGUAAGAAGUGGGUGCCCAUCAAGCCCGGGCAGCAGGGCUUCAGUCGCAUCAACAUCUACCACAACACUGCCAACAACACCUUCAGAGUGGUGGGCGUCAAACUGCAGGACCAGCAGGUGGUGAUCAACUACUCCAUAGUGAAGGGCCUGAAGUACAACCAGGCCACCCCGACCUUCCACCAGUGGCGCGACGCUCGCCAGGUCUACGGGCUGAACUUUGCCAGUAAGGAGGAGGCCACCACCUUCUCCAACGCCAUGCUCUUUGCCCUCAAUGUCCUCAGCUCGCCUGACAGUGGAGGUCCAGUCGUUCAGCGCCAAAAUGGGCCGUCCUCGGACGAAAAUGAGGCUCAACGGAGGAUGAUGGAGCAACAUCAGAUGCAGGCGCACAAGGAGAGGGAGCGGCGAACGUCGGGAUCAGUCGUUUCCACUCUCCAAUAUAAAGUCUCCACUCCUCCCUCCACCCAGACACUCCCCGAGUACAGACAGUACAGAGCUAGCACACUGCCACCCCUACGUGGGUCAGCCUCCUCCUCUCCCCCUUCCACCUCCUCCUCUCCUUCUCAGGAGAGAGAGGCAGCUAGGGACAAGGCCCAGCUCUCCUCACAGCUCUCCACCUCGCUCGCCUCAGCUUUUUCCCCCGUCCAGGGAGGAGUGAUCACGCAGGGCCGCCAGGUCCGUCAUAUCCCCCUUUCUCCUCCCACAGCAGCUCGCCACCUACUUCUACAUCAACAACAACAACAACAGGAAAUCAUGCUCCCCCCUAAACAUGGCACCUGGUCCGCCUCUCAUUUGCAGCAAAUGUACGCGCAGCUGCCCCCCGCCUCCUCCCCGCCCGUCAUGAUGGCUGUGACGGUGAAGCAGGGCUUGCCGCCGCAGCCCGUUCUCCCUGGCUCACCCCUCCCACCCCCGAGCACCAGGAUGAAGCCCCCACCCCACGACCAGGGCGCCAUGGCCGCCCCUCACCAGUUCGCCCAGCACCGCCCCACCCCUCAGACCAACGGCCAGCCGGACCUCCUACUCUCCUCAUUCACUCCCCACUCUGCGAGGCCGCCCCCAGCCUCCGCCAGGCUCCCACCGCCCGGCCCCACCCACAACCACAACCACAACCACCAGCCCCAGUACCCACCCACCUUUCACUCUCAGCAGCAUCUGCAACAGCCACCUCAUCAGCAGCAGCAGGUGUACCACCACCACCAGCAGCAUCAGCAGCAGCAUCAGCAGCAGCAGGCCCAGCCCCACACCAUCACCACUUCCUCCUCGCCCCCCUCUUGCACUGCACUCUCUGACGGGGGAUCGCCCAAGAAGACCCCCUCCCCCGUUCCCCUGCAGGCCCCCGUGGCCAUCAGCAGCCCUCCUGUCUCUGCAGGUCACCCUGCCAUGCUCUCUGUGGCGCCGCCUCCGGCUGUCGCCCCGGCUCCCCUCGCUGGGCCUCCAGCACCGCCUCCGCCACCGGGUCCACCACCCCCGAUGGCGGUACCCCCACCCAUGCCGCCUCCACUGCCCACCGGCGGGGGGCCUCCUGGGGGACCGCCGGGAGUCCAGCACCAACCCUCAGGACUGGCCGCAGCGCUGGCUGGAGCCAAACUACGGAAAGUACACAGGGAUGAAAGCAGUCCGCCCGGCUCCAGUGGCAAAAGUGACUCCAACCGGUCCAGUGGUGGCAGUGGUGGUGGUGGGGAGGGACUGAUGCAGGAGAUGAAUGCCUUACUAGCUCGCAGGCGGAAAGCGUCAGAGAAACCUGAUGAAGAUGACUCCGGUGGUCGGGGAUCGGGUCAGAACUCAACAGAUGCUGUGAAGAAGCCAUGGGAGCGAUCCAACUCUGCAGAAAAGUCCUCACUGGUGUCCAGAGUGAGGCCUAUCGGCAGCACGAGUGAAUCAGACACAGAGUUCGACAGGAUGAAACAGGAAAUCUUGGAUGAAGUUGUACGUGAAUUGCAUAAGGUGAAAGAUGAAAUAAUUAAUGCCAUCAGACAAGAAAUUGGCAGAAUCAGUACGUCCUAAUCUCACCCGAGCAACGGCACGGAGGAGAGCGAGGGGGAGGAGCUAGAGGAGGAUGGACAUGCGGACGCACGGACACGAGGACCAGGGAAUGUUCUCUCAAUGUUUCUGUGACCUCGCAAUAUGAGACGACGCAAGUUGCAGAGAUGUUGUGCCAACAUUUGAGUCUGCCGGACAGCAAACGCGGAAAGGGUAGAGGAAAGAGGAAAGAGAAACGGGACGGAUGGAGAAGAGCGACGAGCGGACUGAUGAACUCAACAGAGGAUAAGAAAACGAGGGGAUGGACAGACGUUUGUGCCGAGUUUGGUGUCGUGUUCCUCUCUGUGCACCUACGAUAGACUCAGUCAGCCCAGUGUUGCAGCUCUUUGUUCUCUGUUCAGUCUUAAAGAAGAAAAUACUUUUGUUUUCUAAGUUUUUACUGUUUUAUUAUUAUUAUUAUUAUUAUUAUUAUUAUUUAAAAAAAAACUGUGGUGACGACGACGAUGCUGUUGGCGACGAUGAGUAUUUUAAUAUUACAGAAGGAAAAAAGGAAACCUUGCACACCAUUUAUGUCAUGCUGUUUUAUUUCUUUAUUUCGUUUGGGUUUUUUUUUUCCCUUAACUAUUUGAUGACAACAAG